UAAUUAAUCCAAAAAUGGCCAAAAUGGAAAUACUCAUUUCUUUUCUUCUUCUUCACGAUCGCCGUCAUCCAUGGCUUCAACUACUCAAACCCCUUCUCAGGGUGAUGAUAAUGCUGAUGAAGUGUUUCAGCUGAUCACAGCUCAUCAGGAAAAGGCUGCUAAACUGCCUCCUGUUGAAGAAGUCAAAACCAUCCUUUAUCACAGCACUCGUGGCGCGCUUUCUACCUUCUCCCAGAAGCAUGAGGGUUAUCCAUUAGGGUCAAUGGUUGAUUUUGCUUGUGAUGAUAACGGAUCUCCAAUAUUAGCAGUCAGUAAUUUGGCACUUCAUACAAAGGACCUCCUGACUAAUCCGAAAUGCUCGCUGCUUAUCGCUAAAGAUCCAGAAGACAAAACAGAUUUAAUUAUAACUCUACAUGGUGAUGCUGUUACCGUUCCUGAAAACGAGAGAGGUGCCGUUCGUACAACAUAUAUGGCUAGACAUCCUGAUGCAGUUUGGGUUGACUUCGAUGACUUCAUGUUUUUACGCAUUGAACCAAAAGCCGUACGCUUUGUUUCUGGUGUUGCCACAGCUCUGUUUCAAUGCGGAGAGUUCACCGGCAAUGAGUUUAGAGAAGCAAAGGUGGAUCAAAUAUAUCAGUUUUCUAAACCUAUAACGUCACACAUGAAUAAAGACCAUGCAAAUGAUACAAAACUCAUAGUUCAACACUCAACAUCAGUUCCGGUGGAGUAUGCAUACAUGUUGGAUGUCGAUAGCAUCGGCUUUAAUGUAAAGGCUGGUUAUAAAGAUAAAAACUUUAAACUUCGGGUCGCAUUCCCUAGACGUGCGGAAGAAAGAAAGGAUGUAAAGACGCUCAUAAUCGAAAUGCUUCAAGCUGCUAAGUCCCGGGUGGAUUGAUCCUGCUAAGUGAAGGUGCAAGAAGUUUAAGUUGGAUUAAUUAUGCAACUUAAAAAAGAAUACAUGAUUGGUAAUAUUGUAAUUAUGUGUACAUCACAGACACUUAACUGAAAGUAACACCAAAAAAUAAAGUUUUGAAGUACACAUGCACUCUGCAAACAUAUUUGAUAUUUCACAUAAAUCCAUCAUUGUUGUUUUA